AUGUCGCCGCCGAUAUACCCCAACGAUGAUGAACGCCUCGAGCGUCCCUUGCGCUCCUCCAUGGGCGCUGGCAAGUCGGCAUACAACCUCACUGGCCUCGAUAACACGCCGCCUUCCGAACAUCAAGCCAACGACAUCCUUCCCACCGUACACGCGCACGCGAACUCUAGCCACGGCCUACCGCUGCAACUCACAGAAGGCUCAGCCAAUCCUCGACAUGGUCAGCCGCUGGUCGAUACAAACGCACCCGAGCACUUCAUUCCCUCCACGCCUUCGCCGCCACCAUCGUCCCCUGAUGAGGUUCGGUGCGGACAGUGCAAUGUGCCGUUCACUGGUGACGACAUGACGAACAACCUCGCACGACACAUACGGACCAAACAUCCAUCGGCCAACGAGAGCCCUUUGAUGUGCAAGAAGUGCAAGGUCGUGUGUACUCGCAAUGAUGCCCUGUUGAAGCACGAGCGCAAGUGCCAGCCGGGCCUACACCCCGAUCCCGUCAAGAGAAAGAAGAACAAAACGGACACUGCUACGACUCCCUCACGCAGGGCCAACAAGAGCUCUAUACCUCGUCGCCGACCAGCCAAGAGGCCUGCCCCAGCCAAGUUCCCCUCGGCACCGCAGACCCCUCAAACCCAUGCACCCGCAGCACACCCAAUCCAGACCUCGUAUACUCUACCCGACAUACAGCAAGCACCAGGUGAGGGUUCACUCGCACACGACUUUUUCAAUAUCAGGGGCGCUGGAAAUGGGCUUUCGAUACCAUCCCAGUCGUACGAUCCUGCAGCAGGCGAGGAUCAAGACUUUCAGCAACUCCAUAAUGAUCUCCAGCAAGCAGUAGAAGCGGCACCACUCCACCAAGCUGUGUGGCCCUUCCAGUUCGGCCAGCAGAAUCUUGCGCCAUACAAUGCCGUCCGACAGGAAGGCUGGCCAUCGCCUCAGCAUUUGUAUCCUCUUCGCCCUGCCCAUGGUUUCGGGCACCCACUUUCGCCAGUAAAUUGGAUCAACCCCAUCACAGCCCUCUAG